AUGUACAAGCUAACUUGGUGUCUGCGCCACUCGCGUCCAGUUUUUGGACGGAACUCUGUGUCGAAUAAUCCCGGCUCCCGGCACCAACUCUCUAACUUUUCUCUCACUGCGAAAAAGCCAGUCCAAAUCGUCGAGGUCGGUCCACGCGAUGGCUUGCAGACGGAGCGGCCUCUUCCGGUUGAGGACAGGACGGAGCUUAUACGCCGCCUUGUACUCGACGCUGGAUUGCACAAGGUUGAAGUUGGCAGUUUCGUCUCUGAAAAGCGAGUACCGCAAAUGGCUCAAACGGAGCAGGUCAUUGCUCGACUACAGGCUACUCUUUCCACCUCCGUGCAGAAGCACGUAACUUUUCCUGUUUUGGUGCCAAACGAGAAGCAUCUCGAGCGAGCUUUGAACGCUGGCUGUCAGGAUUUUGCAGUCUUUGUUUCAUCCACGGAAGGGUUCAGCCAACGGAACCUAGGCUGCUCUGUAAGCGAGAGCCUCGAGAAGGUGGACACUAUCUUUCGCCGGCUGGAACAGGAACCUAACCGCGACGCCUUUUCAGUUCGAGGGUAUGUUUCAUGCAUUUUCAUGUGCCCCUUCGAUGGUGACGUAUCCCCGGCUCAUGUACGGCAAGUUGCGAGCGCACUGCUGGAGAUGGGUUGCUACGAAGUGUCUCUCGGGGAUACGCUCGGCAUGGGAACUCCGGCUCAUGUGCGGCGUCUUCUGGAUGAACUUUUUGGUCACGAGACUAGAACGGCUGGCAAGUACGCCGUCCAUUUCCAUGAUACAUAUGGCAUGGCCGUUGCUAACAUUUUAUGUGCCAUUGAAGAAUACGAUAUUUGUGUAGUGGAUAGCUCUGUUGGGGGUCUCGGCGGUUGUCCGUUUGCACCUGGCUCCACGGGAAAUGUUGCCACAGAGGACGUCCUCUACCUAUUGCAAGGCCUAGAACGAGCCGAAAGGGGGGUUGAUCUAAUGAAACUCACUAACAUAGGGGCCUGGAUUAAUGCGAAAUUCGGGCGUGAAACACGAUCAAAAGCUGCUCUAGCCCUUUUGCGGAAGCAGCGCAGCGACGAAGGAUAG